UAGUUGAUUAAGAUAUAUAAGAUGUUUUCACAUCCAGUUGCGCACCCUUCAUUGAGAUGGAAUAUUUAAUAGCGUCGGCUCCCACAUUGUGCACACGGCAGCAUCACCCAUUGCCUGCAAUGGCGUUGUUUAGCGGUGUGUAGACCACGGCUUGUGUGUCAAAGUGUCAAUAGGGCGACAAAAUACUGGACUAUCGACGGGCUUGAAUGGAAAUGUCGUAUUGGAGGGGAUUUAUAACGAUAGCAGAGUAUUUCAUGUGAAUUUUUACUGGACUAUUUUAUGUCACGGUCAUUCAUCACAUGAAUCAAUGAACGAACGUGUCCAUGGCCCCUAAUGAAGUGUGAAAUCAAAUCACAGUGACAAUCACACAGGCAGGAAACUCGCUGGAUACUACAGUAGUAUAUGUGAGAUGAAGGCCCAGCGAUGCUGCUGAGAUCCCCUCCGCCUCCUCAUCUCUGACACCAUCAUGCUGAAGACGGAGGCCUCAGGGGAGAGGAGCAAUCUCCGGAGCGCCUCUCCCCACCGCAACGCCUACAGGACAGAGUUCCAGGCCCUAAAGAAGGCCUUCGACCAGCCAACCCGGCAGGACAGCAAGGAGCCCCAGCUCAAGGACACUGAGCGGGUCACCCAGCGCCGGGGACGACAGUAUGGUGCCCACGUUAGCCGCAUCAAGGACAUGUUCAUGCAGAUGCAGGGCACAGAGAGCUCCAGUACCUCCACCAGGCGGGAAGACCCGUCGCCUCAGAAGAUGACCAAGCCCACCAACUUCAUCAACAAGGUUGAUGGCUCAGUCAUCAAGCUCACGCAGCACCCUAUAGCAGACCGAACCAGCGCAGGGUCAAAGGUCGUAGAGGCCAGGAAGCUGUUUGAGCAGCAGUCACGUGAUGCGUCCCAAUCGCCUGUCUACUCCUAUGGCCGGGAGAAGAGGGGUUCCCAUGAGCACCUGGAUGACUGGCGAGGGUCGCGCUCCAACAGGGGCAGCACAGACUCCCUGGAUUCACAGUGUUCCAGGACGGAAGCCCAGUCGCCCACCGUGAGCCAGCUGAGCGCUGUGUUUGAGAACGUCGACCACCAGGGAGGGGGAGGAGGGGGCCCAUUCCGGCGAGGACGGGCACUCUACUCCCCUGAUAACUUCCACCGGCACGGCGACCUCAGCGAAGAUGACUCGCGCCAAUCCCCGGUGCGUGGUGGAGGGUACAGGAACCGCGUGGGGGGCAAACUUCCCGUGUCCUCAUCCUCAGAAGACCUCCUCAGCCCUAGCCCGCUGUCGGAGACGGUGGAGCUAAAACCCUUCCUGCAUGAGGAGGAGCCCCAGGAGAGAGAGGAGACAGCAGGGGAGUUAGGACAGAGGGACAGAGAGAGACAUCCCGUAAGGGCCACCACCAACGGAGGGGAAGUGAACGGAUCGUAUGAGGAGAAGCAGGUGGAGGAAACCGACACCUCCAGAGAGACGUCGGGAGUCUGCACAGACUCAAGGCCCACAAAUGAUGCCACCGUCAGGGACAAGACUUCCGAGGACACCUAUGAUACCCCAGCUACCCCAGCCCAGGAUGAAGCCCAGGAUGAGGCAGAAGCCCGUGGGGUGGAGGUGGAGAAUGCCUCCUCCAGGCCCAGGGUCUUUCCAGAGGACCAGGCAGAAGAGCCCAAUGAGGAAUACAGUGGGAACGAGAGGGUGAUUUUUAACGCGGACGGAGACGCUUGCUACCAGGGAUGGGGGGAGAGCUGUACUGACCCUGAGGAUGACCUUUACGGUGAUGAUGACGUCAUCUAUGACCCUGGGAAUGAUCUUACUGAGAUCCCUGGUCUACCAGAGGAAGAGAAGGAGGAUAUCCCUCCGAAGAGGAAACUACGAUUCAGCACCAAACCCAUGAUGGUGUUCAACACCUACUGUAACGAGGACUAUGACAGGAGGAAUGAGGAGGUGGACCCGGUGGCCUCGUCAGCAGAGUACGAGCUGGAGAAGAGGGUGGAGAAACUGGAGCUGUUCCCUGUAGAGCUGGAGAAAGAUGACGAUGGCCUUGGUAUCAGUAUCAUAGGAAUGGGAGUGGGUGCUGACGCCGGUCUGGAGAAACUUGGCAUCUUCGUCAAGACUGUCAUCGAGGGCGGGGCAGCUGAGAGAGAUGACAGUAUGUUGUGUCGUAGGAUCAAGGUGAACGACCAGAUCGUGGAGGUGGACGGCACCAGUCUGGUGGGGGUGACACAGAGCUUCGCUGCCUCCGUCCUGAGGAACACCCAGGGAGUGGUUAGGUUUGUGAUUGGUCGAGAGCGUCCGGGUCAGGUGAGCGAGGUGGCUGCUCUGAUCCAACAGACUCUGGAGCAGGAGAGGAGACAGAGAGAGUUGCUGGAGCAGCAGUAUGCCCAGUAUGACGCUGAUGACGAUGAGACUGGGGAGUACGCCACUGAUGAGGAGGAGGAGGAGGCGGGGCCGGCCGCAGACGGUGGGGGGGAAGAGGAAGGUGACGGGGAGAAGAGCAUCGAGGUGUUCGAUUUGCCAGAAACAGAUGACAUCAUUUCCCCCUCAGAGUUGGACGCUACCAAACUCUACCAGACAUUCAGAGAGCUGCAGAUCAAGCACACUGUCACCGAGGCAGAGAUACAGAAGCUCAAAAACAAGCUUGCUGUGGUGGAGAGGGAUAAGGCGCGCUGGGAGAAGGAGAAGAGCCAGCUGAAGGCCAGCAUGGAGGAGAACAAGGAGAGGAUGCUGAAGCUGGAGAGUUACUGGAUCGAGGCCCAGACCCUGUGCCACACGGUCAACGAGCACCUGAAGGAGGCCCAGUGCCAGUACACCACCCUAGAGAAGAAGUACAACAAGGCCAAGAAACUCAUCAAGGACUUCCAGCAGAAAGAGGUGGAGUUUGUCCAGAAGGAGGAAGCAGAGAGGAAGAGGCUGGAGGAUACAGAGAAGGUCCACCUGGAGGAGAUUCAGGGACUGCAAGUCAGGAUUGCAGCCCUGGAGUCUGAGCUGAUGCAACUGAUGAAACAAAAUGGCAUCCAGAUGAACAACAACAACAACAGCGCCCAACAGCAGAGUCCUGGGAUGGCCGGCCCUGCAAGAGAGCUGAGUGAGGUGGUUCCCCACGCUGGAAGUAGACAGAGACUCUCCAGAGGACUACUACAGGACAGCAUUAGCUCUACAGAGGAAGAGGCAUCAGAGGGCCCUGGCAAUACUUGUUCAUCCAUGUGGAGUGCAGCCUCCAGUACUGUGGAUGAAUGCAGAGCCUCCAGGGCCCCUGGCAGUGCUGAGGGCUCCCCCAGACACACCCUCCUCCAGCAGGCAGCAGACAACACCGGGUCUCAGUCUCCUGUGGUGUCCAGCCCCUCUCUCAGCCUGGACGAGAAGAUCACCAGGAGCGGUCUGGACCCACUGACACGAAGCAAAGGGAAGGACCCCAGAAGCUCACCAGGAAACAGUUCUACAGAGCCCUCCGCUGAGAAUUGCCCAGAGAGGCUCAAGGCCAAGGUUCCUGUGGUGAAGGAUGAUCUGAGUGUCAGCAGUAGCAGCUCAGUGGAGGUCAGUGGUCUGCUGACUGAAGCCAAGAUGUCCAAUCGCUCACACACCCUGGUGCUCUCCUCAGACGAGAGUCUGGAUAUGAUAGAUGAGGAGAUCCUAGAUGGGGGCCAGUGCCCCAAGCAGCACCAGUGGCAGAACCUCAUUGUGACAGAGUGGACCUCCCAGCAGGUGUCCCGCUGGCUCAUGGGACUAAACCUGGAGCAGUAUAUCCCAGAUUUCAUGGCCAAGAACGUAGACGGAGACCAGCUACUGCAGCUGGACAGUACUGAGCUCAAGACCCUUGGCGUUGCCUCCUCCCAGGACCGGGCUCUGAUCAAGAAGAAGGCAAAGGACCUCAAGGUCCUGAUGGAGAAGGCUCGGAGGAACCGGGAGAAACUGGACAAACAGCGAGAGAAGCUCCGUAAGAAAGAGCUGGAGCAGCAACAGAAACAGGCCCACAAACCCAGCAGCAAGGGCCACUCCGAGACAGCAGAAGGCGCAGCAAAGUAACCCCCGGCUUUAAGACCUACCUCUCCUUGUCUGUCUACCAACAACCACUACAAAGUAGCGUCUCCAGGGAUAGAAACAGUCACCAGAACCACUGACCUAAAAUACCAGAUGUGUUAUGUGAUAUGUCAAUUGAUAUAACCAGAGAUACUUUUAAGGAGGAGAUGGGGCAACUCCAGUGGAAUCGUAUUAAUGCUCAUUGUGUACGUUGCCCAUGUGUCGUCAAUGGGCCCGCGGUGCAUUCUCGGGGCGAUUCUGGGACAAGGAGAGCUCAAUUGGGUGCUGGGUCAAAAACCCAACAUUACAAAUAUUUUCCCGAGAUGUGAGAUAAUUAACUUGUUCUGUGUAAUAUCGUACAGCUUUGGAAUCGUGACAUUACCUACUUUUGAGGAAGAUAUGCAGGUUUCUCGAUUCAUACCCUGACUUUGAGAAUUGCGUGACGAUUUGCUUAGCAACAGCGUGAUGCAGCAUGACAACGUGAAUGCGAUUGAUUAACAGAUUAACGUUCCUCCAUUCAUAGCCCAAUGCGAUUCCCAUCUCCUCCUUUCUGUAAUAUCUCUAGUAUAACACCUAACAGGGCUUGAGUUCAGGCUGUGGAGUUCAGUGCACUACUAUUGGAGGCUGUAGCGCUGGAGGCCAUCACGCUACUGUACCACCGAACAAAUACCAAAAUGACCAGACAGUUGGAUAGUAAAGAUGCUGCCCACCCACCUGCCUACCUUUCAUCUCAUUGUACAUCCUCGUAGUGCAGCAUUUCCCAAACUCAGUCCUACGGAUCCCACGGUGUGCACGUUUUGUUUUUUGCCCUAACACUACACAGCUGAUUCCAAUGAUCAAAGCUUGAUGAUUAGUUGAAACCAAAACGUGCACCCCUUGGGGUCCUGAGGACCAUGUUUUGGAAACCCUGUCAUAGUGUUUCCAAACCUCCACCU